AUGUUGUCUGGGUUGCAGUUUCGCGGCUGGAUUGUUAUGAGUUUUAUCUCGGCCCUUCUCUUCACCGCCGUCGCUGUUCCAGCUGCCUACAUCCCCAAAACAUUCUGGCGCACCAUCUACGUCGCUGUAGUCACGCCAGUGGUGUGGGUAGUCUACAAUGUCGCGCUCUACUUGGUUCUCUGCCGUCCUAUGGUGCAGUGCACUAGCAUGUUUAGCCGCGGUGAGUGCUGCAAGACCAAGCACGCGGACGGCACAGGCAAUGUGACACUCUUAACGAAGGAGAUGUACCAGCUGAGCAACGUCUUGCACUCCCUCAAGUGCGAGACGGCAGAGAUGAAUGCUGCGACGACGCUAAUCAAUAAUCAGCUUGACGGAAAGAUGGUUGACCAGUCGCUGCAGAAGGACGCCUACAGCUCUAUCACGACACUGACGCCCCCACCCCUUUGUGUGUAG